CUAAAAUUUGUCGCUUUUUAAGGUGAAAUCAUUUUUAAAAGAGAAAAACUUGCCAAUUAAAGCUCUUCUUCUAAUCGACAAUGCUCCUUCCCAUCCAAAUGAGGCUGAACUGACAACGGAAGAUGGGCAAAUAUUCGCAAUGUUUAUGCCACCAAACGUUACUCCCCUCAUUCAACCGAUGGAUCAGAAUGCAAUAAAAAUCACGAAGUUAUACUACAGAAAUAGCCUUCUUGCUUCAAUAGCAGCAACGCAAUCUGACUUGCUCGAGUCUAUGAAGAAAAUAACAUUAAAAAGUGCUAUAAAUUUUUUGGAAGCCGCUUGGAGUCGUGUCGGCAAAGAAAUUCUGUCUAAGUGCUGGAAAAAUAUUUUAAAUUUUACUGUGAAUGAUGAUGACCCCGAAGAUAGUAUGCCUUUGGCGAUUUUAAAAGAAAAAUGGGAAACUGAACUUCGCUCCUUGAUGUGCAACACCGCCGAUCUUCUUAACAGUUUAAAUGCUGAGAGUGAAUUUACGUUAUCAAAUGUUAAGGAAUGGAACGAAGAUAUUGAUGAAGAUAAUGCGCAUGAUGAUAUUGGACAUGAGGACGAACCUGACGAAGACUGCAUCUCAGAGGCAUCGGUGAAAAUUAUACCAAGUGAAGCAGUUGAAAUUUUCAACAAAGCAAUACAGUGGGCCAGUCACGAAGGCGUCGAUCAAAAGGAUAUGAAUGUACUUAGACGUCUAAGGGAGAAUGCUGUGUUUCAAGUGUUAGAAAGAAAGAAGACCCAAAAAAAAAUGACUGAUUUUUUUAAAUAA